AUGAACUAUCGUGCAUGCCACACCCACCGCAGUCGCCCAUACCCGAAAUUCCUGCUUGCUCCGUCUGCUCUUGAGCAAAAUAAAUACUCAUCAAUGCCCACCGAUGAACUCCUUUCGAAGUUGAGACUCGGGCGUAUGGACUGGUCAGCUAUCGAGGACAUUGCCUCGCCUCAAAUCGACGAAAAGCUCAGACCCAACCUGCCCCUCCAUGACCAAGACAGCGACCUUAUUGAUGACAUUGUCCGUAGCUUAUGGUACCUUCUUCAAUCUGAGCCCCCCUUUCAGACGUCCAUUAGGGUACCCGUCCUUGUCCACUAUGCCAAGGGGUGGCCCGUCAAAAUCUUCAUUGCCCGAUAUCUACACGAGAACCGGAUGCGCGUUCACUCUGCAGAGCAUAAGGACUUUAUGGGUCACUUCCUCGCCAACGUUUGCACCAGAAACCUGUUGCGGUACCGUAACCACCUGAAGGACGUUGGUAUAUCAAAGCGCGAUGACAUUUCUACGUUGAGGUCGCUCACAGAAUCAGGGGUGGAGACAUAUGAGAAGUGGAAGGACACUGUAUGCAUGUCUCCCUUGGAAUGGGAGGUACUUAUCUCUGCUGCGGUGACUUCGGGAUAG